ACGCUGCUCCGUUUCCGCCCGGUUGCGGACUGCCGUCCCCGGGCGGUUCCCGAAGGCCGGCGCCACGCCAGGCCCGAGGCGGCCGGACGCGGAGACCGCGCGUGCUUUUGGCGCGCGCUUGGCGCAGCCUCCGGGAAGCCGCCCUGGCCGUGCCGGGCGGCCCGGGCCUUCCCCGCAAGCCAAGGUUGCGCAACGGCUCUUCCCAGCAACCGAAGUUUUGUUUGGUCCCACGGGGGGCCCCCCUGUUUCGGCCCGGCGGCUUUAGGCCGUCACUACGGAGACCUCGUUCCUUUCAUUGAUGGGAGCGAACACCGACGUGCACGCACGCUGCCGGAGCGCCCAGCCCCGUGGCUGCGCCCCCGGAGGCUUGGUGGCCCUGUCACCGGCGUCGCGGGGCGGCGGGUUUGGAGGGUGUCAACUCUGGGGACGUGCGUGCGUGUGAUUGUUGGGGAGGAGAAAUGUGAUCCGCGGCUCCGCGUCCCCAGCGGCGGCGGGAGGAAGGCGUGGCGGCCGCGCGGCGGGGCUGUUGCCGGCUUCUCUCGUUACGGCGGCGGCGGCGGCGGCGGCGGCCCUCUUCCCUUCGCGCUGGGGGAGAACUCGGCGGAAAGGACUCGGGACCAGAAUGUCUGUUUUCCUGUCUAGGGGGAGACGGCUGUUGUAAAAUGGUAUGGCCUCACAAGUCUUGGUCUACCCACCAUACGUUUAUCAAACUCAGUCAAGUGCCUUUUGUAGUGUGAAGAAACUCAAAGUAGAGCCAAGCAGUUGUGUUUUCCAGGAGAGACACCGUCCACAGACCUACGUGAACGGUAGAGACUUUGGAAACUCUCACUCUUCCGCGAAGGGUGGUGCUUUCCAGACAAAGACACCGUUCACUAGACCUCGAGGACACAGCUUUUCAUUGCAGGCAGGUGCCGUUGUUGUCAGAGACACUGCUGGUGCUGCAAAGGUCAUAGCAGCUCCAGCACAGCAAGCUGCAGUGGAGGCGCCUCGCACCGUGCUGUGGCGAAACCGGUUACAUUUCCUAGAAGGUCCCCAGCGAUGUGGAUUGAAGCGCAAGAGUGAGGAGUUGGAUAAUCACAGCGGCGCGAUGCAGAUUGUCGAUGAACUGUCCCUACUUCCUGCAAUGUUGCAGACCAACAUGGGAAAUCCAGUGACAGUUGUGACAACGACCACAGCAUCAAAACAGAACUGUACCAGCGGAGAAGGCGAUUAUCAGUUAGUGCAGCAUGAAGUCUUAUGCUCUAUGAAAAACACAUAUGAAGUCCUUGAUUUUCUUGGUCGUGGCACCUUUGGCCAAGUUGUUAAAUGCUGGAAGAGAGGGACAAAUGAAAUUGUAGCAAUCAAAAUUUUGAAGAAUCACCCUUCUUACGCACGCCAAGGGCAGAUAGAAGUGAGCAUCUUAGCAAGGCUCAGUACUGAGAACGCUGAUGAGUACAACUUUGUGCGGGCCUAUGAGUGCUUCCAGCACCGCAACCAUACCUGCCUGGUCUUUGAGAUGCUGGAGCAGAACCUGUAUGACUUUCUGAAGCAGAAUAAAUUCAGUCCCCUGCCCCUGAAGGUGAUCCGGCCCAUUCUUCAGCAAGUGGCCACUGCACUGAAGAAGUUAAAAAGUCUUGGUUUAAUUCAUGCUGACCUCAAACCAGAGAAUAUUAUGUUGGUGGAUCCUGUUCGACAGCCAUACAGGGUUAAAGUGAUAGACUUUGGGUCGGCCAGUCAUGUGUCAAAGACUGUUUGUUCAACGUAUCUACAAUCUCGGUACUACAGAGCUCCAGAGAUUAUAUUGGGGUUGCCAUUUUGUGAAGCCAUAGACAUGUGGUCAUUGGGAUGUGUGAUUGCAGAGUUAUUCCUUGGAUGGCCACUCUACCCAGGAGCCUUGGAGUAUGAUCAGAUUCGAUACAUUUCUCAGACUCAAGGUUUACCAGGAGAACAAUUGUUAAAUGUGGGUACAAAAUCCACAAGAUUUUUUUGCAGAGAAACAGAUAUGUCUCAUUCUGGUUGGAGAUUAAAGACACUGGAAGAGCAUGAGGUAGAGACAGGAAUGAAGUCUAAAGAAGCCAGAAAGUACAUAUUCAACAGUCUGGACGAUAUAGCGCAUGUGAACACAGUGAUGGAUUUGGAAGGAAGUGAUCUUUUGGCUGAGAAAGCUGAUAGAAGAGAAUUUGUUAGUCUGUUGAAGAAAAUGUUGCUGAUUGAUGCAGAUUUAAGAAUUACUCCAAUUGAGACGCUGAACCACCCAUUUGUUAACAUGAAGCAUCUUCUAGAUUUCCCUCACAGCAACCAUGUAAAAUCCUGUUUUCAUAUUAUGGAUAUUUGUAAGUCCCACCCAAGUUCAUGUGAAACAAAUAAUCACAGUAAAAUGUCACUCUUACGGCCGGUCGCGUCAAACAACACUGCUGCUCUAACGGCAAACCUGACCAAAAUCGGGACACUGAGAAACCAGGCAUUAACCACAUCUGCUCACUCAGUUGUGCACCAUGGGAUACCUCUGCAGGCGGGAACUGCACAGUUUGGUUGUGGUGAUGCUUUUCAUCAGACCCUGAUUAUCUGUCCCCCAGCUAUUCAAGGUAUCCCUGCAGCGCAUGGUAAACCCACCAGUUACUCCAUUCGGGUAGACAAUACAGUCCCACUUGUGACUCAGGCCCCAGCUGUGCAGCCGCUGCAGAUCCGACCUGGAGUCCUGUCACAGCAGACCUGGUCUGGGAGAACACAGCAGAUGCUGAUUCCUGCCUGGCAGCAGGUAACACCCAUGGCCCCUGCUGCUGCAACACUCACUUCAGAAGGAUUGGCUGGUUCACAGAGGCUUGGAGACUGGGGGAAAAUGAUUCCACACAGCAGUCAUUACAACUCGGUGAUGCCACAACCUCUUCUAACCAAUCAGAUAACAUUAUCGGCCCCUCAGCCUAUCAGCGUGGGCAUUGCACAUGUUGUCUGGCCCCAGCCUGCCACUCCCAAGAAAAACAAGCUGUGCCAGAACAGAGGUAUUUUGGUAAAACUAAUGGAAUGGGAGCCAGGAAGAGAGGAAAUAAAUGCUUUCAGUUGGAGUAAUUCAUUGCAGAAUACCAAUAUCCCACAUUCAGCAUUUAUUUCUCCAAAGAUAAUCAAUGGGAAAGAUGUUGAGGAAGUAAGUUGUGUAGAAACACAGGACAAUCAUACCUCAGAAGGAGAGGCACGGAACUGCCAGGAAGCGUCUGUCAGACAGGACACUUCUGUUUCAGACAAACAGCGGCAAACCAUCAUCAUCGCCGACUCCCCAAGUCCUGCCGUGAGUGUGAUCACCAUUAGCAGUGACACCGAUGACGAAGAGACCUCACCCAGACAUUCACUCAGAGAGUGUAAAGGUAGUCUAGAUUGUGAAGCUUGCCAAAGCACUUUGAAUAUUGAUCGGAUGUGUUCACUCAGCAGUCCUGAUAGCACUCUGAGCACCAGCUCCUCUGGCCGGUCCAGCCCGUCCCCUUGCAAGAGACCGAACAGUAUGUCAGAUGAUGAACAAGAAAGUGGGUGUGAGACUGUGGAUGGCUCCCCAACAUCAGACUCCUCGGGGCAUGACAGUCCAUUCGCAGAGAGCAGUUUUGUGGAGGACACUCAUCCAAACACAGAGCUGGGGACUUGUGCUGGCACAGAAGCCAAGCCAGCUGUUGGCACUGCUGUGGAGCCACCAGUGGGAAUAGAAAGUGGAUUGAAUGUCGAUGAGCACAUGGCAAGCACAGAUUCUACAUGCCAGCCAUUAAUAAAAGGACAGCCUGCCCCUGGAAAGCUGAACCAGCCUUCUGCCUCGGGUGCUCGUCAGCAAAAACCCACAUCAGCAUUCCAGCAGCAGCAUUUGAACUUCAGCCAGGUUCAGCAUUUUGGAACCGGGCAUCAAGAGUGGAAUGGAAACUUUGGGCAUCGAAGACAGCAAGCGUAUAUUCCUACUAGUGUUACCAGUAAUCCAUUCACUCUUUCUCACGGAAGUCCUAACCACACAGCAGUACAUGCCCAUCUGGCUGGAAAUACGCACCUCGGAGGACAGCCUACUCUCCUUCCAUACCCAUCAUCAGCUACCCUCAGUAGUGCUGCACCAGUGGCCCACCUCUUAGCCUCUCCGUGUACCUCAAGACCUAUGUUACAGCAUCCAACUUACAAUAUCUCCCAUCCCAGUGGCAUAGUUCACCAAGUCCCAGUGGGCAUAAAUCCCCGUCUGUUACCAUCCCCAACCAUUCAUCAGACUCAGUACAAACCAAUCUUCCCUCCACAUUCUUACAUUGCAGCAUCACCUGCAUAUACUGGAUUUCCAUUGAGUCCAACAAAACUCAGCCAGUAUCCAUAUAUGUGAAAACUCAAAAACAGUAUAUUGAGGAAGCUCAAUGAUAUAAACGUUUGAUUAAAAAUAAAAACAUGGUAUUUAAUAAAUAUUAGCCAUGGCACAAGAAAAUUAUUUUUGAAUCAUGUAGACUUGGGUGCAAUUUAAACAACUUUGAGCUUUAAAAGAACUCUCACUUUUAAUGUGUUUUGCACAUUUGGUAUAACUUGUCUUUGGUCAUGUAUCUUCUUACGUAGUAACUCUAGACAGGUGACUUAUGGGAGCAGAAGUCCAGUUUUGCUCCUGCUAUUUUUUAUAAAAUUGCCUUCUAACUAGUGCAAGACACGUCCACAUUUGGGAAGCCAUUCUGUGUCUAGACUUUAGAGCCACAGAUGCACAUGUGUCAGAAUUACAGCAUACGAGUGAAUUGUACUGUCUGUGUCUUAGUGUGUACAUGUUGGGGCACUUAACCUAAGCAAUUGAGCUAUUGUUCUUUACAUUUGCAUGUGUCUUUUGCAUGGGCAAAAUGUUGCCUAGACUUGGCUCUUAAUGUUGUUCUAAUAAUCUCAGCUGCAUUGUAAACCGUUCCCACACAUAGUGCCUUAAAUAUUUGAGGUUGUUCAAGUUAUUACCUAUCUGUAAAUGUUGAGGACUGCAGCACUUAAAAUUCAGACCUACUCUUUCGUUUCGUUUCCGUAGAGUACUGUUCCUUUUGGCUUCGUGUGGUAUGAUUUCAGAUAGCAGCUGCUUUUUCCUUAGUAAGAGGGCAGCAUGUUUGCUACAGCUGAAUUCUGCUGUCUGAUUUUUUUCAGAAUGAUCUAGCUUCAAGAAAAGCAAGCAGUUAGUAGUGCUUAAGAAAACUUGAUUCAGUAACUAAUGGGUAGUUGAUAUCUGUCACAGCACAGCAUUUUAUAUACUAUUAAGUGAAACUGCAAUACAACCUAAGUUUAUUUUGGGAGUGUUUGCUGUAUAAUUGGACUUCAUAAAAUGUUUAGAAGUGCAGUAGGCAUGACUUGAGUAGAUAAUGAAAGAAAAUGCAAAAUGCUCAUUGAUUCAUGAUGUGAUUUCAUCUUAGCUUGGGCAGACCAUGCAGUAUUUAAUACAUAGUAGCAGAAUAUUUACUAUUGAAGCUUGAAAAGAUGUGAGUUCUUUGUGUGCAAUUUUUCAUUUAUGCAUGUGAGAAGGUUUUUGGUUUUGGUUAUUUUAAGUAUUUUUACAUUGUAGUACUCGUUUUUGCUUGUUGGUGGUGUUUGCUUAUUUAAUACAUUCCGUCAGGGACAGAAAUUACAUGCUUUUUCUCUUAGGAAGUGUGUAUUGGGUUUUCCCCUCCCCCUUCCCCUUGGUGGUGAUGGUGGUGAUGUUUAAAUGAAGUUGCUUUUACAGCACCAAAGACUUAAUCAUCCAUUUCUUAUAUAAAAGGUAGCUACUUUUUGCAUAGACCUCAAGUAUAUUGUAGUGUAGAGGUGGAAUUUAAGGAAAGGUAUUAAACCAAGGCUGUGUUUUAGCUUCCAGGCAAGUAAUAAAUUGUAUCAUUUAUCUUGAAUGUAUCAUAGAUAAGCUGCUAUAUAACGAUUGCCACUUCAGAUAGCUGUGAAAUUAGGUGAUUAACUAGUUGUUAUUUAGCCUUCUGAUUUCUGUAUAAGUCUAAUUACACGAGAUAGAAGCUGGGGUUUUGAUUUUUUUACUUUGCUUUUCUGUUUGGAGUGUCAUUGUAACUACUGUAUUGUAAAUGAUGGAAACAAUUGCCUAUGUUAUUUUGGGGUGUGUUAUUUGCAUCAGUAUUUUAUCUCUAUUAAUGUUUGUGCUCAUCACUGCAUAUAAAAACUUGGAUGUAUCAAUGUAACUUAAUUUUUUAUUUUCAUACUGGCAUUGUAGACACUUGAGAAAGCUGUAUCUUGCAGGCUUGACUUAACUUUUUUUCCUUAAAAGUCUGGAAUAUAAUCUUACAGCAUUUACUGGAAUAAACAGUACAAAACAUUUGAGUGUAAAACUCCAAAUGUUUUGGAUCGACAGCAUUUCUUUACUAAGCAAGUUGCAUACCACAAGUACAGCUCUAGUACAGCGCUGACGAUAAGCUAAUGAUACAUUUUUCUUUACUCCAUUGACAUAAGCAGUGUUUUAUUUAAUAAUCAUAUAAGACAUAAAUGUGCCUGAAGUUGAUUUUAAAAAAUUACAGUAUUAGAUCAUAAAGUAAAAACCAGCAGCACAUUUUUAGUCACUGAAAAUGAAGGACUUGAUUCCCCCACAAGUUUCAGUGUUUUUAGUAAUUGAUUCUAUGCAUUUUAUACAAAUAAAAAUAUAUAAAACACACAUUACAAAAAGGAGUAGACCGAGAUUAAUUUAGACUCUUUACAGAUGACAUAUUUGUGGAGUCACUAUUUAAGUAACUGCUGCUCUUCUCAUUUGAGUUACAUGGUCCAGCAAGUUACUAAAGUCUGCUCACUCCUUGGAAAAGAUUUAGUGCUGGUGGUGGGUGUUUCAGAAACACCAAGUACAAAGAUUGUGUCCCAACAGGCACGGAAGUGGCCCGUAAGCUGUGCUUACUGCCCAGAAAUGAUGCAUUUUCUGUGUUAAGUUCAUGACUGGAGCAGCCUUGUUAAAUGGACAGUAGAUGGUAACAGUCAACCUUUUCAUACCACAGUAAUGCUUUUUAAAGGCAUGUCACAGUAAAUACACUGCUCUUAAUUAAUUGCAAUCAUGGGCUUUUUAAUAUGUUUCAAAAUUUAAAACUUCAGAAUCCCCCUGAAGUCCAAUUUUAGCAUAUUGGCAGAAGAAUCUGGAUUUUACCCUUUUAAAACUAUUUUAAUAGUUUUGUUUUAAUGUUUUCUUAAAUAAAACACUGCAUGAUUUCCAAGUUGCAUAUUUGUGUGCUAAUUUGCAAGUGAAUUUUUAAUCAGUUAUUUUGAUAUUUAGGUUUCUUUCUUCAGGGUAUUAAAUAUGUUACUCUAUUAGCAAAACCUUUUCAUUUUAAUAUUUCUACUGCUAAUUUUAAACUUGGCUUGUGUUCUGUAAAAGUUAAAUCAUACACUGCAAGGUGUAGGAAGAUUCAUUUUAAUGAUCCCCUUCUAGAUCCAAUGACUUAGUUUGAACUGUUAACUGUUGAACAGUUUUACCCUUGUGGCUUUUCUCUUUGGUUUGUUUUUGCUUUACUUCUAUGCUACACUAGUUUGCCAUGUAGCAGUUGCACUGUGCAAUAUUACAAUAAGGACUGGGAAAAUUUUUAUGGCUGUAGUGUCUAUUACAGUUUGCGAUAGUAUUUCUCUCUAGUUCUCAGUGAUUUAAAUGUGACCAAGCCUCUGUACUUUGUCACAAAAAGCGGGUUCUCCAGGUGACUAUUUUGGUGAGUGUCAAAAUAAGAAUUUAUGGUGUAUUACUGUUGAUCCACUUUGAAUUAAAAUAUAUAUAUUGCAGCAAACAGCUUGCUGACUUUUUUUCCACUUCGGUGUUUCGUAAGGGCAGAGAUGGGAAUGGUUGGCAUGACCAAAUUCCUUGCGCAUUGACAUUUCAUUUGAUGCAGAGAGCCACCUUGUGUGAGGAAUUUUGUUAGGUGAACAAGAACAUAGUACAACAUGUUUGUGUAACAUGCCCAAAGUCCAGCUGCUUGUGUGUGUGAACCUGAGGUAGAGCUGGGCUGACCCCGACUAGUCACCUUUUCAGCCUAGCCUGGCACAGUGUGCCAGAAAUACCUGAAGCCACAGCAUAGCCAUGAUCCAUUUUUCUGGAAAAUUUGAGUUUCUUAAAUAUUUUUAAGGGCAGUAUUUCUGUUUGCCAUUCAUGGAUGGAGACUAGGGAAGUCACACGGAUUUUUGGAAAGUGUAACAUGAGACUUUGAAAGAAUGCUAGUUGGCCCGAGCCAGCUUCAGUCAGUGUUCUCAAAUGCCACCUCAUUCUCAAGGCCUUAACUUUGGACGUGGAACUGUGGGCAGGUGUGUGGGAAACAUUCCAUUAGAGCAGAGCUGUGACUCAGGACUUCUGUCUUGGUGCUUAGGGUCAAAUCCAGAGCUAAGCUAAAACGCACCCGUGAAUAUAUAUUUCUCCACAAGCUUUCAAUUGAAGUGUAAAGUACAUGGGUAAUUUAGUGUUUGCUUCUUUCAACAUUUUGUUGGUGAGAGUCUUCCAAAUUAUACAUAAUUGCAUUUAAACUCAUGUUUCUAUAGUGUUCUUUUGUGUGUAUACUGGUUUUGUUGAUGGUCCUUUGGAGAAGUUUGCCCUUUUUAGGUAUUUGGAAUAGUGUUGCUGUGGAUGUUACUGUCCAUUUUUGGAGAACAUAUGUAAAUGCAGCAUAUAUGUGGAAAUAGAAUGAAUAGAUCAUAGGGAUAUACAUAUGUCACUUCUUUAGACACUACCACACCAUAUUCCAAAGUCCUGGGAUUGGUUUGCACGUGCGGUACGUGAGCAUUCUAUUGUCUUCUAACCUAGCAGAGCACACACUUUUCUGUGGCUUUAGUUGUUAUUGCGAGGUUAGGUUCUUAAAACAUAAACAGCAGCAACAACAACAAAAAAAACUGUCACUAAGGUUCAAACACUGAUCCUAUAUUUAGAUGAAAUCUAGAGUUUGUGAUUUUCCUGGAAGUAUCCUCAACUUCAGGGAAUACCAAGGAGUACUGAGCUAUUUAAGUGGAUCUAGGGCCGCAGAAGUUUUUGUCUGAAGGGCUUAAAGGGUAACAGCACAGAAAUGUCUUUGAGUGCACGUCUAAACCAGUACCCACUACCAUGCCUGGCACAUCGUAAGUCGUUCAGAAUAGGAAAUACCUGUGUUCCAAAUGCUGGGCAUUUGUCGUUGGACAAAGCAGAAGGCCCAUUGCCUUACCACACCGUGGUGGGGAGACCAAGUCAGUGCCCAGCCAGGUGGCAUUGGAGGUGAACAGAAUACUAGCCACACAAGGGGAAAACAGCACAGCAGCUUAACUCGAAUAUGAGCUUUUAAUGUAAACAAAACAAGGAUGGUGGGCGGUGAUGUCAGAGCUCAGUGCCUGGGUGGGGUGCUGGAGACAGAUGAAGCCAUUGUAGGGAUAGGCAUGGAGUAGACUUAAUUCCAGACACCGAGAAGCUAGAAAAGGAAUUUAGGCAAACACAACCCAAUCUGGUUUUUGAAAAUUUAAUCUGGUUGGCCCGUGGCAAAAAGCUACAGGUCUGAAGACCCUCUAGGGGUGUUGAAGGCCACACGAGAGAGGGAGAGGCAUGAGUGCCAUGUAUUGUGAAUAACACGUCUUCUUUUUUCCAAAGAUAGCCUCCUUAUCCAAGCUGACCUGAACAAACUCUAUAGCCCAAGGGGGUCCUAUAGCCCAAGCUGGCCUGGGACUCCAGACCCCCUUGCCAUGUACCACUAUACCAGCUUCCUUUUAGUUUAACACAGUGUUUGGAAGAGUCAAAAUUUUGCGUUUGGAUAAUAAAGCCCAACUUCCACCAUUUUCUUCCUUUGUGGUUUUUGCUUUGUGUUUCCUAAGACUUUUUUUUUUAAGAUUAUGUAUAUGAGUAAUUUAUCUGCAUGUACAACUUUAUGCCAGAAGAGGGCAUCAGAUCCCACUAGAGAUGGUUGUGAGCCACCAUGUGGUUGCUGGAAGUUGUACUCAGGACCUUUGGAAGAGCAGGCAGUGCUCUUAACCACUGAGCCAUCUCUCCAGCCCCCAAGACGUUUCUUGAUUGUGAAGUUUUAAAUGCAUUUUUCUGUAUCCCAGGGCUUUUAUAGUUUUAUAUUAGGCCUCUGGUCCAUGCCUUGUAGGUUUUUGUGCCGUUUGUGAUGACAUUGUCCUAUCUUAUUGACCCUAUGCGUAUAUAUGAUAAGUAUAUCCUAGGAAGUAAAAAAUAAUAUGUUUUCCACCCUAGGAAAAAAUCUAUGUUGCAAUAUGGCUGGGAAGUUCAGAGAAACAGGUUUUUAAAAAUUUACAGACAAAAGUUUUCAAAUAGUUAUACAUGCAGGCAAUUUUAGGUUUCUUCUUUUCCCUUUAUUGGUGUGUGUGUGUGUGUGUGUGUGUGUGUGUGUGUGUGUGUGUGUGUCUACGUAUGUUGCUUGUAUGCAUGUGCACACACAAGAGUGAAGCAUGUUCCUAAUUAGUCUUAUUAAAUAGAAACCCAGAGUCAGAUGUUAGGGUGGAAGCUGAUAGAUCAAAGAGGCAGAGCAACAGCCACCAGAGACCUCUUACCUCUACAAAAUCUCAGACCAGAUGGCGUCUGUGUCUGGCUCUGGGUUUUUAUUGUUAAGACUAAAUAGAUUCAUGCUUCACAAGAGCAUGUGCCACAGUGCACACGUAGCCGUCAGAAAAGCUUUGUGGAGUUGUCCACUCCUUGCACCUUUACGUUGGCCCUGGCGACCAGACUUGGGUCACCAGGCUUGCAUGGCAAGUGCCUUUACCCAGUGAGCCAUCUUGCUGGCCCAGUUUCUACUGUUUUCUACUUCCAGUUUCUAACAAGGUUUUUGCAUGGUUUACAAACCUCCAACAUUUUUAAUGCCCACGCUUUCAAUUUAAAGUGAUUGGUUUUGUUCUAACCAUUAAAGACAGAGAAUACAAAGAACUUGCUUUUGAACUUGCUUUUUUUUUUGGUAUGUAUGUGAUUGUUUCGCUUGUAUGCAUGUAUGUGCACCAUGUGCAUGCCUAGUACUCUGUAGAGGCUAGAAGAAGGUGACAUGUUCCCUGAACUACAGUUCCAGAUGGUUGUGAGCUGCCAUGUUGGUGCUGGGAAGGGAGCCUGAGUCCUCUACAAGACUCUUAACUGAUGAGCCCUCUCUCCAGCCCCACCUUUUCCUUUUACAAAUAACAGUAUUUUAAGGCAGCACUUUGGCCCCUCAUCCCUUUAUCCAGUCUGUCUCACUGACUGGAAACUCUGUAUUGAACCGUUUUUAUCUUGUAGACUCUCUACCUUUGACAUUUGCUUUAUGCCAGACUUCAGUAGGUACCAGAAUAUUUGCUAAGUAAAUAAAUAAAUAAAUUUGGGACUGCAGAGAUGGCUCAGUGGUUAAGAGCACUGGUUGCUCUUGCAAAGACCCUGGGUCAAUUCCCAGCACCCACAUGGCAGUGGUUCACAACUGCCUGAAACUCUUCCAGGAGAACUGACUCCUUUUUCUGGCUUCUGAAGACGCUGUAUGCAGGUGGUGCAUAGAUGGACAUGCAGGCAAAAUGCUCAUACAUAGAAAUGCAUUUUUAAGGGAGUGAGUUUAACAGCGAUCUGUUGAAUGGAAUUUGGAGGCCUACAUUUAAUCUGUCUCGCCAUUUUGGUUAUUGAGUAUGAUUUUGAGCAAGUUUGGGCUUCAGUUUACUCUGUUAAGUGGAGGAGCUGGGGCUUACAAACUCGAGCAACAGUGACUGAGCUGACUGGGCUGAGGAUGUGAGGAAAGAGACACCGACAGGAUGGCAGCGUGGAGAGAAAAGUCUAGGUCCCAGGGUCAGCAAGUACACGGCACGGCAGACCCAUGAGCAGUGCCUUCUAGUUUUUCAAUAAGACAAAUGUUGGCAACGAAUUCAAAACAUAGUUUAAAAAUGCAUAGCCCAAACCACGCAAGUUGCUCCAGUCUGGGCGUCCAGUUUGGUGGUUGGUCAUUCUGUUCAAUAUAAUGCGAUGCUCCAUACUGGCCGGUAGGGGGAGGAAGAGUUCUCUAAAAGUUUGUUCCGUACUGUCUAAAACAAAGCAGAACUGAGGGCAGUGUAUCUGGUGUCCCAUGGGCAGUAUAGUCCAAUGUGAGGGGUUUUUUUGUUGUACAAAUAAAGUUUUAAAAACUGACAGUACUCCAAGUAUAUUGAAGGAAGACAUCCUGUGUUUACCCAUCCCUCUUCCACCAUAAACCUGCCACAGAGCCAGAAAUACAUAGAUUAAUUUGUCUCCCGCAAAGGAAAUAAAACCUAGGAUUUGGCAGCUUUGGAAGGAGAAAAGAAUCAUUUAUCAAAACCUAGAUUAUCUCCUUUUGCUUCACCCCCAGUUUUUAACAUUUCUUUAUUUCUAAGAAGAAUGAAAAGGCCCAGAGACACCGCAGUUGAUUCAUAGUAACAGAAAAAAAAAAAAAGGUUUUAUAGUUUUGCCCCUUUAGACACACUUUCUGACUAUGUCUUCUGUGUUGAGUAGAUUUUUACUGACCCACCGGGAAGGGCAGGAAGGUGUGUGCAUAUGCAUUUUCUGCUUUUCUAUAAGUCAAUAUAGAGAAUGCUUAGCACAUAGUGAGUACUUACACUUUAUAAAUUCCAUAUUGGUUCUCAUAGGCUGGAAUCAAAGGAGGUUGCAUUUUGCCAAACUCGUAUAUGUGUGUGUAGCCGAAGACUAUAAUCCAGCCAUAAUUUAAAAAAAAAAAAUUGAGCUCGAGGAUUUCAUUACUAGCUGCUUCAACAGAUCUGGUUUAAAUGUUAUUGAUGAACAGGUAUAGUUAGGGCAUAAAUGUUUGUGCCCCGCCCCUAAAAGGCUGAAGUGAAACAGAGUCACAGUGUAACAUCUCAUUCAUAAAUGACAUGAGUGAGUUCUUUGUUCUGAUGGUUGUCAGGUACUAAAACAUGCCUCCCUUAUUUCUUCCUGUUCACAAUGUGCAGCUGCUAAGGAGACCUAAAUUGAAUUUACAUUAAUGGUUUCUCCAACACUUUUUAUUUUCUGUCUGUCUGUCUGUCUGUUCAUCUUCUAUCUGUCCAUCCUUCUAUAAUCUAUCACCUACCUACCUACCUGUCUAAGUUCUUGCUGUGUAGUCUAGACUGGGCUUGAAUUCACACACCUCUUGCUUCAGCCUCCUAAGGGCUGAAAUUACAGGCAUAUGUCAGGUUUAUCAACACUCUUAAUUCUAGACAGUCAACAAAAGCAGCCUGUUCAAGUGUUUGCCAGUUCAUAGGGUAAAUACUUCCGUCAGGCACCAUUUCAAGCCGCUUGCCUGAUAUCAUUGGACAUGAAGAGAGACACAGCAUUUAAUAGAGAUCCAACAGACAGAAAUAAUGUCGAGCAUGGAGAUAAUAGAAUGUGUAGCCCAACUAGGAAGCAGAAAGUGUUGCGUGCAAUUAGUCCCCACAACGUUGUAACCAAUAGAGGAAAAUUACAAUUGUUUCAUGGCCUUUAAGCUUUUGCAUGAAGGUAUUAAAAAGUCUCCCGUCAUUAGAGAAAUGGAAGAAGAGCAAAGUGAAGUUCAUGUGUAAAACAUUGCCGUAGUGAAGAGUGGUCUACCCAAUAACUCUCCUCCAUAGGUGACACCUUUCCCAUCUUUGACAAAUGGGCAUGCUCCUGACUAAGUGUGGAUGAGAUUCCUGCAUUUUGUGCUAGUGCUUUUGUUAUCAUGGUUGUCUGGGAGUUCCUUCAACAUGAAUUCCCUCCCUAUUGCUUCCUCCCUAGGAUAUCUUUGUGUGUGUGUGUGUGUGUGUGUGUGUGUGUGUGUGUGUGUGUGUGUGUGUGUGAACCACUUUGCUGGUGUGUGUUGAUAAAUUUGUCCUUCCUGAGUCCCCCAGAUUUAUCUGAAUAAUAUGAACAGCACAUGCCAACAUUCCCACCAUCAGCUACUAGUUCUCUGAGUCCAUUUACCUUGUGGUCCAAUGUCAUUGCUUCUGUUAUCCCUUUUCAUUCUUUGCCUCCCUUCAUCUUUGCUAGACAAGUCUCUCUUCUCUGUCUCUCUCUGUCUCUAUCUCUCUGUCUCUGUCUCUCUCUCUGUCUCUCUGUUUCUCUCUCUCUCUCUCUCUCUCUCUCUCUCUCUCUCUCUCUCUCUCUCACUCAUAUGUACGUGUGUGGUGUGCACAGGCCCUUGUAAGGGCAGAGGCCUCCCUUCCCCUCCCCCUCUCUCCACUUUAUUUCUGUAUAUAAGGUUUCUCACUGAUCCUGAAACUUACCAUUUUGGCUCUUCCUCUUUCCAUUCCCUACCCCACUUCCAAUGCUGGAAUUGUAGGUACACACAACUUUGCCCAGCUUUUAUGUGGUUGCUGGGGGUUUGAACUCAUGUCCUCCACAGCAAGUGCUCUUACUACUGAGCCACCUCCCCAGCUCCUGAUUAUCCGCUUUUGUAAAAUGUUAUGUAGGCUUGUUGCUCUGGAAGACUGAAAGGUAACCCAACUACACACUUUGCUGUCUGCGUGGACUGAAUGACAGAUGAGCAAUGAUUAGUCACUGAAAGUCUUUGAAAACAUAAUGUGACUGGCCACUGUUCAUGAGGCAUGUGUAUUAGUGAUUUGUAGACUGAAGGGUUAACAAAGUUUACUUAUGUAGCCAUUGACACUUAUUAUGCUGUGACAACUAAAAGUGAAUCUGUAUUAUAGACAAAUUAGUGUUAUUUAGCUAAAUGGUGGUAAAUGAAAUCCAUGCACGCUGGAACCAUGGAAUGUUCAACCAUGCCUGUGUCAACAAUUGAUUUUUAAUGGCAUUUAAUUGUAACUUUUGUAAUUUGAUUUAAAAAUAAUGACUGUGUUUAACCGUAGCUCACAAAAUUCCUGAAACUUUAGUAAUUAGCUCUCACAAGCUGGUAUGAACCACAUCCACCCAUCUCUGCAGAAACCCAUAAAGCAUUUAGCGCUUAACCACUGAUGUCCGUAACUCAAGUUAGGAAGCGUGGGGCUGUGACUCCAGUUCACCGGAAGGAUGCUGUAGCCUGAGCCAUCAGGCCAAGGUUGAUAUUCUUUAAGCUCUCCUCAUAACGUGCAUUCAGAUAACCAAAACAAUUAUAAUAAUACCACAACCGUAUUGUAUAGCUCCUUGGUUUUCGUAAAAAGAAUGUCUGACAGCUCAAUGACUUUUCAUUAAAAGAUUAAUUUUUGACUACA